AUGCAGCAACUGAGUAUCCUCCUCCUUAUCCUGGCACUCUGUGUCAACGCAGCCAACAGUCUCAACUGCCGCUGCUUCCCGGGCGAUUCCUGUUGGCCCUCAUCGCAGGAAUGGACUGACCUUAACACCACUCUCGGUGGAAAAUUGAUAUCGACCGUUCCUCUCGGCAGCGUCUGUCACACCCGGGGUGACUCCUCUGCCUACAAUGAGCACGCGUGCGCCAAGUUGAUCGCCGACUGGAGGUUUCCCGCUACCCACUACAAGUCCUGUACCUCACCAAUGGCCUCCUGGUUCUCCAAUUUCUCUUGUGACCCAUUCAUGCCUCGAGACUCGCCGUGUACCGUCUCUGCACUGCAGCGUUAUACGGUCAAUGUGAGCAGUGUCGAGGAUGUGCAAACGACCCUUCGGUUUGCUCGAGAGCAUAAUAUUCGUCUGGUCAUUCGCAACACCGGGCAUGAUUACCUCGGGAAGUCAACUGCACCUGGGGGUCUUGCUCUGUGGAUGCAUCAUUUGAAGGAUACUGAGUAUCUCCUGGACUAUACGUCCGACUCCUACCACGGUCCUGCGUUACGGCUUGGCGCUGGGAUCCAGGGCUUUGAUGGAAUGGCUGCGGCGCAUGCACAGAAAAUGGUUAUCAUGGCUGGAAACUGCGAAAGCGUGGGCAUCGCAGGUGGAUAUAGCCAGGGUGGAGGCCAUGGUCAGCUUGCUUCUCGAUUUGGCCUGGCGGCAGAUCAGGUUCUCGAGUGGGAGGUGGUGACUGCCGCUGGACAACAUCUCAUUGCAUCGCCCGAGAAAUACUCGGAUCUGUUCUGGGCUCUAUCUGGGGGAGGUGGUGGCAUUUUUGCUGUGGUCAUGAGCGUUACCGUGAAGGCACAUCCAGAGGUUAGCACAGCGUCAGCAAUCCUCACAUUCAGUGGGGCAUUUGUCGCCGCGGACACAUUCUGGAAUAUCGUCCGCAAUUUUGUGGUUGGAAUCACUCCAAUGGUCGAUGCUGGAGCCGUGGCCAUUUGGGCUGUCAUUGGGAAAACAUUCAGCUUGACGCCUAUCUCUUGGCCUGGCGGUACGGUGGAACAGCUGCACAACGGUCUGGAAUCCACCUUGGUUCUGCUGAACCAGAGCAAUAUCAAGUACGCCUAUCACAUCCAACAAUUCCCUACAUUCUGGGAUAGCUACGCUGCUAUGAAUCCUCACAGUAACAUCACAGAAGCCCAGGUUGGAGGCCGACUGAUGCCGCGUUCGGUACUCGACUCUGAUACCACACGCCUCUUCACAGCUUUAAGGGAGAUUACUGAAAUGGGAGUCGUCGUUUCGGGUGUCUCGCUCAAUGUGUCCCGCUCGCCAGAGCCAUUCAAUGCUGUCCACCCAGCUUGGCGAGACGCUGCCAUAUCGGUUGUCCUCGGAACGGCCUACAAUUAUACCAAUCGCCAGGAGGACGUCAGGUGCCAGUCUUUGAUGACCGACGUCCUCAUACCUCGCUUGACUACAAUUAGCCCUGACAGCGGUGCCUACCUCAACGAGGCGGAUUGGAAGCAGCCCAACUGGCAAUCGACUUUCUAUGGCAGUCAUUAUCCAGCUUUGGAGGAGAUCAAGCUGAAGUUCGACCCUGAUCAUAUGUUUUACGCCCGCACUGCAGUGGGAAGCGAGUCGUGGGUUGAGGAGAGCGAUGGUCGACUGUGCCAAGUCUGA